AUCAAGGUAGCGCAUAAAUCGAUAGAGAGAAGAUUUGCGGAGCAGUGACAGGAAGAGGCGAAAAGUGGGGACGUUUCGGUGGUGGUUUUGGAUGUUAGAAAGCGCGGGGGUGGCUAAAGAGGCCCCACCGCAGGGUACGGGUCCCGAUGCCGGUCCCCGUAUCGCAAACCCUCACGCUGACCUCCACCCUCGUGCCCAAGGAGGAGUCAAACAUGCCCUUCAUAGACGACGAGCUACUUUGGUGCCCUGACAAUGACGGCAAAAUGGUCGACUUGACGCAGUGUCUCCAGGAGAGCAGUACGGGGCAGUCAGUAGAAUUCUCCCCGAUGGAAUUGAGUGCCCUCGUGGGCACGCCGGCUGCUCCAAAUAUGCCGGCGGAAGAGGGCGAAGGAAUGGCUGGUGUCACAGGGGAAGAACCCUUUGACACGCUAGACACAUUCCUUCGUGAACUGCAAGCCGAUUUGGCCGAAGCCAGUCAACCCACAUCCACUACAACUUCCGCAACCCCUUCCUGUCGGCGGCAGAGGUACAAUAUCGCAGCCGCCAAUCCGUUGUUAGCAGAGAAAUUAGCGGCUCCUUCCUCGCAAGCAUCUCCGACCUCCAUCCCGUACGCGGCGAGGGCGGAGAUCAAGACGGAAAGUAUUCAGCCUGAAACGAGCAAAGGUAAGUUUGCACACGUGUUUUAAUUAGUUUCAAAUUGCUGUUCCACCUGUUGUAUCGUCCGUCGUAUAUCGAACAACCAUUUUUUGGUCAUAUCUACGUUAUCGACCGUAGUUACACGUAUGGGUUACUACUUUAUCGGCAUUUCCCGUUCGUUUACCG